UUUGUGAUUUUAUUGUUUGGUUUGUACUUUGUAGUUGAUUCCAUUCUGAUUUGUGGUUCAUGUCUAAUGAUUUAAUCAAUGAAAUAAGUAUUACAUUUCUUUAAAAGAUAUUAAUGUUAUUUGUUUCACAUGUAAAUUAGCCUGUUAUACCAUUGAAAUGAGUAGACUUUUUCCGAAUUUGUUGACUGAGAACAAUCAAGUUGAUCCGAGAGGAUACACUUCAAACUCGAAGUCAAUAGAGUUUGGACCAUGGCAUAUAUCAUUUGAUGUCAGUUGUAUUCUACCAAGUAUGUGUUCAACCAAAAUUGUUUGUGAACGAAAUGAUGAUCAGUUCUGCCAGUUUUGUAUAUACAGCAGAGAAUUAAGCAUACCACAUUUUCCUGAUAUGAUAUUUCCAAAAAAUAUUCUCACCUUACAGCAUACUAAUGGUGCUAAAAUAGAAUUUAAUCCUCUUGAUGCAUUAAAAAGAGUGGCGGUUAGAACUGAGGCUAUUGAAGUAUCCUGCGCAGAAGAAUGGCUAGAAAGCAGGCCAGGAGCAACAAAAAAAAAGCAACCUUUUGAUUGGACCUUCUCAACAGAUUACAAAGGAACACUGUCUGGCAAUCUAACCGUUCAAGAUUCUCAAGAGACAAUAGACUUUGAACUGCUAAAAAAGAAAGAACAAAUAUUAUUCUAUCAUGAUCUUACAUUAUUUGAAGAUGAAUUACAUGAUCAUGGGAUUUCAAAGCUCUCAGUAAAAAUUAGAGUGAUGCCAACAUAUUGGUAUGUGCUGUUGAGAUAUUUCUUAAGAGUAGAUGAUGUCCUUGUUCGUUCCUUUGAGACCAGAAUGUUUCAUAUAAUUAAUACAGAUUAUGUAUUAAGGGAGUUUACUGCCAAAGAAGCAAAGGCGCAGGAUUUGAAUAUGCCCACAGCACUCAUGAAGGAUGCAGAUGAUGUUAUACCUCAUUUGCCUGUGAAAGAAAAAGUAACAGAUAAACUGGUUGUGAAUAUAAAUAAUUAAAAUUAUAGAUCUCAAAGUAAUUUAAGUUGUAUGUUGUAAAUGUAUUCUGAGCUCUACAUUAAAAGUUUUAAUGAAAGUUGUUUUUAAAUUAUGUAUAUUAUUUCUAUAAUUAUUGGCUUCUUUGCUUUGGAAAGAGAUUAAGAGUUACUGUAUCAAAACAAUUAUACUUUCGAAAAUAUAAAGGGUGUUCCAGGAUAGAGUAUCAAGUGGUGGUGCAGAGAUAGAGCAACCUUAGAGGGACCCAAAAAAUAUUCAUGUAUUUUUAGUAGUUUAGAAGUUAGUUUGGGAAUUUUUCGGUGUAUAUUUUAAAAUAAUCUAGUCUAUUUGACAUGAUAACAAAAAAAUACAUAUUAUAGAAGAAAUUGUAUACUCAAAAGAAUCAAGAAAUGCAAAGAGAAAUAAUUGAAGCCAAAAGAACAAUUAAAGACCACAGACAAGCUUGUAGAACGCUUCAAGCAACCUUUUAAGGCAAAUCCUCAUUUGUCAGAAUGAUGGUCGUCAUUCAGAAAAUUUCAUGUAAUUUUAUUUUAAUAAAUUGAUUGCAAAUA